AUGAAUCUGAGAGGGAUUGUAUCCAAAUCCUUGGGCAACCUAGAUCAACUUAGGUUCCUGAAUAUCUCCACCAAUUACCUCAGCGGUUCCCUCCCACAAGAAUUGUUUGCACUGCAGCAUUUAGAGGUACUUGAUCUAAGUAAUAGCCAACUCAGUGGAUUAGUUCCAGAAGUCAUCAACUUACCAUCAAUUCAAGUUCUCAAUCUGGCUAACAAUGCAUUGGAAGGCAGGCAGCCAAUUCUGAGUAAGUCAAGAAAUCUACCUGAAUUUAUUAUCAGAUAUAACCAGUUCUCUAGCACUGUUGAUGCAGGUAUCUGCAACAAUUCACCACAAACUCGAGUUAUAGAUCUUUCAUCAAAUAGAUUCUUGGGUAAUCUGCCAAUAGGUCUGGGAAAUUGCCAGUCAUUGAAGUAUUUGUUCCUUGACUCAAACAACCUUUCAGGAAGCUUACCUGAUGAUUUGUUCAAGCUAUCUUCACUGAAACUAUUAGAUAUACAUGGUAAUAGAUUUUCUGGGAAGCUUGACAAGAGGAUGGGAAAUCUUUCAGGUCUGAUUUACCUUGCUGUCUCUUAUAAUAGGUUCUCUGGAACUAUCCCUGAUGUUUUGGGAGGCUUUGCAAAUUUGCAAAACUUUUCAGCUCAGGGGAAUGAUCUAGAAGGUCAACUCCUCAAUUCCCUCUCAUCUUGUUCGACACUCGAGCAUCUAGAUCUGAGGAAUAAUUUGUUGAAUGGUACGAAUAAUCUUAACUGUACUGCGCUACCUCACCUUCAUUUCCUUGAUCUCGGUAACAACCAAUUGGAAGCUUCAAUUCUUGACCAGCUCUCCUUUUGUAGAGAACUGAAGAGUUUAAACUUGGAUGGGAAUAGGCUUGGUGGUCAAAUCCCUGAGAGCUUCAAGAACCUUCAAUCCCUUGUCUAUUUAUCAGUGUCCAAGAGCACCCUAAAAAAUAUUUCAAAGACAUUACAGAUUCUACAGCAGUGUCAAAGCCUGACCAUGUUACUUCUUGGUGCAAACUUCAAGAGUGAAGAAAUACCUCAUGAUGGUAUAUGGGGAUUCAGGAGACCGAAGCUUCUCUCUAUUCCCGACUCUGCUCUCUCUGGUGCAAUUCCAUUGUGGUUGAAGGGAUGUGGGAAAUUAGAAGUGCUAGACUUGUCAAGAAACCAUCUAACUGGGAUCAUUGCACCCUGGAUUGGUAGCUUUAAUAAUCUCUUUUACUUGGAUCUGCCGAACAAUUCGCUUACUGGAGAAAUUUCCAAGAACUUGGUCCAGUUAAUCAAACUAAUAGUUUUUGAUCCACUUAUCAAGCCCAACCAGCAACUUGAAACAUUGACAUAUGAGCUACUCCAUGCCUUACCUGAAUCAAUCGAUUUAAGUAACAAUAGACUAUCUGGCCAGGUCUGGCCAGAGUUUGGAAACUUUGCAAGGCUUCAGAUACUGGAUUUGAGCUGGAAUAAUAUCACAGGAACUAUUCCUACGAACUCAUCGUUGAUGCUAAGCCUAGAGAUCCUGGAUUUAUCACAUAAUGAUCUUUCUGGGAUGCUGCAUACAACCAAUUGA